AUGGCCGAGCUUCCUCCCCACAUCCGCGUGACCCAGGCGACGAGCAUUGCGCUUCUGACCACGGCAUCGGGUCUCAACCUAGGCCUUUCUUUCUUUGUUGCGCCACGACUCCUCGAGUUGCCGACUCCCAUUAUGCUUCAGCAAUGGGCCAAGAUGUUCAAGACUACGGCCAAGGCCCUGCCGCCCGCCUUUGCCCUCCCCGCGCUGCUCAACGUCUAUCUGGCGUACAAGCUGCCGGGGAGGACAUCGCGAGCCUAUGCUCUGGCUGCCGUGUUGGCCGCGAGCGUGUAUCCGUACACGUACGCCGUGAUCCGACCCAUUGCACAAAAGCUGCUCAACAAGGAAGAGCAGGUCAAGGCUCUUGGGCCGGCGGUGGGCGACGUGCUGACCUUGGGGGAGGAGAUGGGUAUCAUGGAGGACAAUGGCCACGCACUCAUUGACAAGUGGGCGUUUUAUAAUUUGUAUCGUGGAGGCGCUGCUUUUGUUGCCGGUUGUGUUGGUUUGUAUGCUGCUCUAUCGUGA